GCGCGUAGUAUCGUUGAAAACUGCAUUGGGGUGUCGCUAUUGUGCCUGAGUAACUAGUUUCCGUGUUAUUUAAGGUUUUUCUUUAUUCUGUUAAGGUGUUAAGUUGACAUUAUGUCGAAGAGGAGAUUGGAAGUGCUUGACCCAUAUGUCAAGAAAAAGCCGUACGAUCCUGAGAAGACCAAAGAAACUGAUAAAGAUCGGGAGAAAUUGACUGGUGGAACACCAGUAGCAAGUUACCCAAAACCAAAUGUCCAGGUUAAUCCAUUCACUGGAUUACCGUACACUCCCAGGUAUCACGAGUUUCUAAGAAAACGUGUAACUCUUCCUGUAUGGGAGUACAGAGGACAGUUCAUGAAGCUGCUGAGUGAGAAUCAGUGCAUUGUACUUGUUGGUGAAACAGGUUCUGGAAAAACUACACAAAUUCCUCAAUGGUGUGUUGAGUAUGCUUUGACGAAAGGUAAAAGAGGUGUAGCUUGCACACAACCACGACGAGUAGCUGCCAUGUCUGUGGCUCAGCGAGUAUCUGAAGAAAUGGACGUUUGUCUGGGACAGGAAGUGGGUUAUAGCAUACGAUUCGAGGACUGUUCCUCUGCAAAAACUUUACUGAAGUACAUGACAGAUGGUAUGUUGUUACGUGAAGGAAUGUCAGAUCCUAUGCUUGAGAGCUAUGAAGUAAUUCUCCUUGACGAGGCACAUGAAAGGACACUGGCAACUGAUAUCCUAAUGGGUGUCCUGAAGGAGGUUAUAAAACAGCGAUCUGACCUGAAGCUGGUCAUUAUGUCUGCUACUCUUGAUGCAGGCAAAUUUCAACAAUAUUUUGACAAUGCUCCAUUGAUGAACGUCCCUGGAAGAACUCAUCCAGUAGAGAUCUUUUACACCCCUGAACCUGAGAGAGACUACUUGGAAGCUGCAAUAAGGACUGUGAUACAAAUCCACAUGUGUGAAGAAAUUGCAGGAGAUGUUCUUCUAUUUCUCACAGGACAAGAGGAAAUUGAAGAGGCUUGCAAGAGAAUUAAGCGAGAAAUUGACAAUCUGGGGCCUGAAGUUGGUGAGUUGAAGUGUAUUCCAUUGUACUCUACACUUCCACCAAACCUGCAGCAACGGAUCUUUGAGCCAGCACCACCAAAUAAACCAAAUGGAGCUAUUGGCAGAAAAGUUGUUGUUUCAACAAAUAUCGCUGAAACUUCACUCACAAUAGAUGGUGUUGUGUUUGUGAUAGAUCCUGGAUUUGCAAAACAAAAAGUAUACAACCCAAGAAUACGUGUGGAGUCUUUACUGGUAUCGCCCAUCAGUAAAGCUUCGGCUCAGCAGCGAGCAGGUAGAGCUGGUCGAACAAGGCCAGGAAAAUGCUUCAGACUUUAUACAGAAAAGGCAUUUAAGCAAGAAAUGCAGGAUAACACAUAUCCUGAAAUCCUGCGGUCAAAUUUGGGAUCUGUUGUUUUGCAGCUUAAGAAAUUGGGAAUUGAUGACCUGGUACAUUUUGAUUUCAUGGAUCCACCAGCUCCAGAAACCUUAAUGCGUGCAUUGGAGCUGUUAAAUUAUCUGGCUGCAUUGGAUGACGACGGCAACUUGACAGAUUUGGGUGCGGUCAUGGCAGAAUUUCCUCUGGAUCCUCAGCUGGCGAAGAUGUUGAUAGCGAGCUGUCAGCACAACUGCUCCAAUGAGAUUCUCUCCAUAACAGCUAUGCUGUCAGUCCCGCAGUGCUUUGUGCGGCCCAACGAGGCCAAGAAGGCUGCUGACGAUGCCAAGAUGCGCUUCGCCCACAUCGACGGGGACCACCUCACGCUGCUGAAUGUCUACCACGCCUUCAAGCAGAAUUCAGAGGACCCUCAAUGGUGUUACGAUAACUUCGUCAACUACAGGUCUCUCAAGUCAGGAGAUAAUGUGCGACAACAGCUGUCCCGCAUAAUGGACAGGUUCAACCUAAAAAGAACGUCAACGGACUUUACGUCUAAAGAUUACUACAUAAAUAUUCGGAAAGCACUCGUUGCUGGUUUUUUUAUGCAGGUUGCUCAUUUAGAGCGAACAGGUCAUUACUUAACUAUAAAAGAUAACCAAGUUGUGCAGCUACAUCCGUCAACCUGUCUCGACCACAAACCAGAGUGGGUCAUCUACAAUGAAUUCGUUUUAACAACGAAAAACUAUAUUAGGACGGUGACAGACAUCAAACCUGAGUGGGUUUUAAAGAUUGCACCUCAGUACUAUGAUCUCAACAACUUUCCACAGUGUGAAGCGAAAAGGCAACUUGAAAUCCUGCAGGCGAAGAUGGAAACUCGCCAGUAUCAAGAAGGCUUUUGAUGUAUUGCUGCUGCUUAAAACAGGAUGUUGUGAUUUUCUGUACAAGUGCUGGUUUGUACCAUGUGUUUGUAGUUAUCUUGUUGCAGCGUAUGAAAGUGUGAACUGCUAUGGUGCAACUUUUUGGCCAUUGCCACCACCACCGCCACGACUAUCAUUUAUCAUAAACACAUUAUGUAUUUAUUCACAAAACUCACACAUUGUUGGAACUAUUGUAUCCAUAUGUACAUUGUUUUAAUUAAUUGACAUGUGGUCUCACUAAGUGAUAGGACAUAUUUCAUGUAAUUCAUUCAUCGUCAUGAGUUCGUAGUAUCAGUUUCUUUGUACAGUGCACUUAAGUUUCUUUUCAAAAUGUCAAAAAGAGGGCAUUUUGGACUGAUUUUGUAAAGUGUGGAUUCAAAAAUUGUGAAUGAACAUGUUGUUUCAAUUAUGCGCAUCCUCAUGUUGGACUGCAGAAGUGAUUACAGGACAAUCUGAAAUAUGAAUUUUUCUGUGUGGCCUCUGCAGCGUGUUUGGAAAUAGCUGUCAUUUGUGACUAUGAAUAUAGGAGUGUAGCUGUCAUUUCUACUGAUACUGUGAGCAAUAUUUUGUUUAUUAAAAUGUGUUAGAAAAGAAGGUACAGAAUUUGAUAUGAAUUUUGAUAAAAAUGUAUGUGUUACAAAUUUUUUAUGCCUAGUUAAACCCCACAAGCAGCCUCCAAUUUUAUAGUUUUCGCUGUAGGAGGGAAGAUAAAAUUUUUUUUUUACAUUAACAGAAAAUGAGAUUUGAAAAAAGUGCUAUUACAAACCACAUACAGGAAUGUAGUAUGUCAGCAUUUUAAGAACUGUUUUUAUGAGUAAUUUCAUACAGUGGGAGAUAUUGCUCAUGAAAUAAUAUUGAUGAAACUUUAAACAAAAAGUGGAGGUAUUAAAUUUGUAUGUUAAACUCAAGCAAGAUAUUUUUUGUGACUGCACUAGGAACUUUAACAAUUUUCUUUUUUAAAUUAAUGCAUGUGUAUAAACGGACAAAACAAUGGUGUCUGUUUUGCUCAGUAGUGAAUGCAUUUGCACUUUUGUUGUUUUGAGCAUUACAUUCCUGUUAAUGAUGGAGAAGAAUAGUUUUGUAUUUAGUUAUAUACAGCUACCUACUUAUUGCAGGUACUGAAGACAGAGAUGCCAAAGAAGUCUAUUGUUUGUAUGUUGUGUAUGAGCUUGAUAGGGUGUGUCAUAUUACUACAGUCUUCUAGAGAGUGAUUUAUCAUGGGUGGUUGUGUGGUCAGGAAGAUUAGAUUUGCAAAGUGAGGAUGAAAAUUUUAAUGAACACACCACUUAUGUCUUCAGUAUAGCAGUCUUUUAUGUUUUCUGUAUUAUGUAUAUAGUACAAAAUAAUAUUUGAAUCAUUUGGAAAUAAUUUUUUUUGUUGCUGUCAUUAAAACCUAGUGGAUACGAGGAAAUAAAAAAAUGUACAUGUACGAAAUUUCAUUGCAAGUAACGUAAAGUAACUACAUAUAUCAGUGUAGUUUGCACAGUCUGUAAUUUGAAAGAAGCAAUUUGAUUUUUGUUGAUACGUAAUCUAAUUAGUUGGAAUAUCAUAAUUUGCAGCUUGAAAACUCUCUCAGUUGUCAGCCUGGUAAGUAACUGGUUGGAUGGUGUCUCCUUAAAACUGCUUACGGUAUUACAAAACGUCAGAAGUUGGUGCUUUUUUAAAAAUAACUGUUUGGAAGUCCUAUGUUUUGGGUAAUCAUUACAAACAAAAUAGUCUGUAUGUUAGGUUCAUGUGUCCAAUCAAUAGUACAACCUCAAAUUUGUCUUGUGUUAUAUUCACCACUCAUAAAAGCGUUAAGGAUAGCUUCAAUGCAGUACCAUGCUGAUUUGAUAAUUCCACCAUAAAGUCUGGCACUAGAUGACGGCAGGGACUGAUAUUGGUCACUGCCCGCCAAAUGAAAGAUGGAGCAACAUCUAGGCUUUUAAAAAUGAUAGUAAACUGCUAGACUUUUGAACUUAAGUCCCUACCCCACUCCCCACCCCUUUCCUCUUCCCACUCCCAGGAGAAAGUAUUGAUCAGGCAAAAGUGAAUGCAGUAAGUUCUACGUUGCUGCAUGAAUUUUGAAUUUAUGUAUUGUCUGUUGUUGACAUGUUUUCCUUAUAGCCAGAAUUGAUCAAAUUGUAGAACAGGUGUGGCCACUAACCUUACUUUAGGGAGCUGCAAGCCUAUGGACCUGAACCGAAGGUAAUUACAUUUGAUAGAGAGUAAGCAGUAACGGGAAGGAAGAAAAUUUUUUAUUUCAUCAAUGAAGGAACAUUUUUAAAUUUUAAAACUAACACAAUUGAACUUCCCCCCACCCAGUAGGCCAUUUGAAAUCUGGCUGGUAACUGGUGAGUACAGUCCACAUGUUCACUUAAAUGCUCACAGUUAGUUCAGAUCAUUAUUUCACUUUCAGUUUGUUUAAAUGUUGAUUAGAGCGAUACGCGCACACUAGUGGUCCAAAAAUUAAAGUUCUCUUGGCACAAACUUUUGUUGGCAGAUAUUUUUCUUCUGGAAACUUUUUUCAAGAUCUUCCAAAACUCGGUAGCUAAACAACCACUUCCUUCAUAGUCUUGUAGUUUCAGGGACUCCAACACUACAGCACAAGCCCCCCCCCCCCCCCCCCUCCUCUACACUCGCCAAUUUAUUGGCUGACCACCAGACCAGCUUUAUGGCAGCCUACACAAAUCCUGACAGACUGUGCUCAGCAAUUCCAGUGCCCCCCGUGUUGUGAUUAGUUUAUCUUAAGUUCAUGGAUUAUAUGUUCUAGAGAUCCCACCUGGUUUUGCACAGAAACAAAAACUGUGGUUUACCUUGGUGUUUCAGAGACAGCAAGGCAGAAGAAAAAGUUGUGGCCAAAGAAGUAGGUAAUGCAAAGAAAUAAAUGGCCUGGGAGCCAAUGAUUUUUAUAAUUAUCUAAUAAUGGAUAAAACAGACAUUUCGGAGCUGCAGAAAUUCUUGAAACCAUUCUUUACAGAAAAGAUUACAGUCAUGAGAGAGACUGUGAGCUAUGAGGAGAAUCUUUUAACUAAAUCAUGGCUUCUAGCCACUGCUGGUACUUAGAGGACCUCAAAUUCAGUGCUUUCGUAUCCUCACAAUUAUUAUCGAAAAUGAUUCCUGAAACCUGUAACAUGAUUUAUAGUUGUCUGAGUAAAUACAUCAUGUUAAAGCAAAAUAAACAAAACAAAAGAUGA